AGUCCUCGCAGCGAUCCUCCUAAUCAGACCCACACAGCUCUACGCCCCGUGGUCCCCAACAACUCCCGGUCCCGGCAGCCCCAGCAGCCCCAGCAGCCCCAGCGGCGGCCAAAGGAGUGGGUGGAGCCGGCGCCGCCGAGGCCCCGCCCCCUCCCUCCUGCGCCCCUCCUCGCCCCCUCCCCGGGAGCCCACCGGCAGGUUACAUAACGGGCCCCGCGGCGCGCUCUCGCGAGGUUUCCGCCGCCCCCUCCUCUCUCCACGUCAGAGGAAAGCGGGCGGAGCGGCCAACAUGGCGGAACGCAGGCGACACAAGAAGCGGAUCCAGGAAGUUGGUGAACCAUCUAAAGAAGAGAAAGCUGUAGCCAAAUACCUUCGAUUCAACUGUCCGACAAAAUCCACCAAUAUGAUGGGUCACCGGGUUGAUUAUUUUAUUGCUUCAAAAGCAGUGGAUUGCCUUUUGGAUUCAAAGUGGGCAAAGGCCAAGAAAGGAGAAGAAGCUUUAUUUACAACAAGGGAGUCUGUGGUCGACUACUGCAACAGGCUUUUAAAGAAGCAAUUUUUUCACCGAGCACUCAAAGUAAUGAAAAUGAAGUAUGAUAAAGACAUAAAAAAAGAAAAAGAGAAAGGGAAAGCUGAAAGUGGAAAAGAGGAAGAUAAAAAAAGCAAGAAAGAAAAUCCAAAGGAUGAAAAGACAAAGAAAGAAAAGGAAAGAAGAAAAGAUGGUGAAAAGGAAGAAUCCAAAAAGGAGGAAACUCCAGGAACUCCCAAGAAAAAAGAAACUAAGAAAAAAUUCAAGCUUGAGCCACAUGAUGACCAAGUUUUCCUGGAUGGAAAUGAGGUGUUUGUGUGGAUCUAUGACCCAGUUCACUUUAAAACAUUUGUCAUGGGAUUAAUUCUUGUGAUUGCGGUGAUCGCAGCCACACUCUUCCCCCUUUGGCCUGCAGAAAUGAGAGUGGGUGUUUAUUACCUCAGUGUGGGUGCAGGCUGUUUUGUAGCCAGCAUUCUUCUCCUUGCUGUCGCCCGUUGCAUCCUGUUCCUCAUCAUUUGGCUCAUCACGGGAGGAAGACACCACUUCUGGUUCUUGCCAAAUCUGACUGCAGACGUGGGCUUCAUUGACUCCUUCAGGCCUCUGUACACACACGAAUACAAAGGACCAAAAGCAGACUUGAAGAAAGACGAGAAAUCCGAAACUAAAAAGCAGCAGAAAUCUGACAGUGAGGAAAAGUCAGACAGCGAGAAAAAGGAAGAUGAGGAGGGAAAAGUCGGACCAGGGAGCCCUGGAGUGGAAGGCUCAAGCGGAGAGCGGCACUCAGACACAGACAGUGACAGGAGAGAGGACGACAGGUCCCAGCACAGCAGUGGGAAUGGGAACGAUUUUGAAAUGAUCACAAAAGAGGAACUGGAACAGCAGACAGAUGGGGAUUGUGAAGAGGAUGAUGAAGACAAUGAUGGAGAAACAACUCAAUCUUCACAUGAAAAAUCAUAAUUGACAAAUUUAAGGACUAAGGAAAUGCAAGAGAUUGGAUUUUCUAUGUUGGCUGGUCAUCAUAACCACAUGUGACAUUUGUAGCAUUCUUUAAAUCCAUUACUGAAAUGUAUUUGGCAUCCAACAAUUACAUUCAGUCUUUUCAUUUCAUAGAAUACUACUGGUACAGUCUAAAGCCAUUGUAAGUUUUAUCUAUUUGAUAAUUUUAUAGUAAAUAGUUCUCAUACAUUUUGAUAGUCAUCAAAGAUGCACUUUCCACAAUGACAUUUAGACUAUAAUGGCAUUUUGACAGUUGUAUGGCUUUUUACUGUUAGAGUAAAUGAAAUAACUAAAAGGGAUUUAAAAAAAGACAUUUCAGAUUAUGCAUAGCUAUAUAAUCUCACAGUUUCUUUCUGAUGAAGUGCUUAAACUCAUAGUUUUAAAGAGUAUUUUUGGUUAUAAAAUUAUACCAUGAAAUUUCUAAGAUCCUGAGCAGGUUUCAAAAGCAUAUUGUGGAAAUAAGCCAACUAGAAAUAAUGCAGCAAUACUUUUAGUCUAGCUACAAGUUCUCCUUUCCAACUUAGGAAGUCCAAACUGACUUGUACAUCUGAUUCUGAAAAGAUGGUCAUCUCCCACAGAGAAAAUGGACAGGUGGUGGCUCCUCUCCCUACUCCCAUCUCCUUGUCAUAAAGUAAAAAACAAAUAUAUUCUGUACAUAAUUUACAAAUAAACAUUUUAUUUUAAUUGUUACUUAUUAUUUAGACAGUUUCUCAACACUUAAAUUUGUUUAAAAAAAUAUAUUAAGACCAUGUAAGGGUAUGUUUUUAGAGAAAUGAAGUUUCAAUCACCCACAAAACACCUGAUCUUUCUACAGCAGCUUCAGUUUUGUGCCAACAUUCCAUGUAUCUGAAUGAGUUAAAACGGUCCUUAUUAAAUAAGAGCAGACUUCAAAGUAGCUGUUUGUAUGCCUUAACGUUCAUCUUGAUUUUUCUUAAAUCUCUACAUUCAGAAAUGAAGUACUGUAUUAUCAGACCGGGAGGCAUUUCUAUGAAAGAGAAUUCACUGUUCUAAAAGAUCGAUUUAAAAUAAAGAACAUAAAAGAAAACAUCAGAGAACCAUUGGACUCUAAUUACUCUGAACUAGGCUUGCAGUUUGAUUUUGUCUUACAUACCUUAGUUAUAAAUCUUUGGGAAACCUUGUAUUUACUUAUGAGCGUAAUCAUUCCUUGGAGUCAUACUCGUAUAGACUGAUAAUGAAUAUUAAAUUAUUUUUCCUCAUAGUGAGCAUUUUGUUUUGGAGUUGAAAAUGAGUGAUAUGUGUAAGUCUUUGUCUUUAGACUGUUUUCCAUCUAAGUGUUUGACGGUGUUAAAUUUUCUAAUUGUGAAAAAUAUACUUAACUGUAUACUGACACAUUUUAUUAAACAUGACUUGAUUGCUUCUUUAUAGUACUCCUUGCAAAUGUACAGAAGUAUGGCUAUUUGAUGUUAAUGCAACUAAGGCUGCAAUCAGUCAUUUUAAGUUUCCUUCUAGCAAGUGUUUGUUUACUUAGGUGCUUGGGUAUUUUUCUGCUCACAUUCCUGGGGUUCCACUGCUUUAUUUCUGUGGUAAAGGUAUGUGUGAUUGUACCUUCUGAGCUUCUUAAUCACCAAUAGCAUUAGUAGCUCUUUUGAGGUAUGGUAUUAAAAGUGUUCUUCAGAAAUAAAAGUGGCUUAACCGUUA